CAUCCACAGUGCAAGCAGCAGAUACACACACGACACGAGACACACGAACAAGACAAGCAACCCACAAGAAGCAAGAUGGCAGCGAGGGCAGCAGGACUUGUGAACAAGCUUAAGCUGGCGGCCACAGACAUGGCUCUGAUGGCCAAGCCCGCGAUGCAGACGUACGGCAGCCUCGCCAUGCGCGAGCUCGGACCACCCAGCCCUGCCCAGUGGCCCACAAUUCAGAAGGAUCUUCAGGGUCUCGUGAAGAGCGCAAAAAGCCUCAAGUUCAUCAACGUCAGUGUGAAGGAGGCCGUCACCGGUGCCCUCCUUGGCGCUGAGGUCCUCUGCUGGUUCUACGUUGGCGAGAUCAUCGGCCGGGGCAGCAUCAUCGGCUACAACGUUUGAGCGCUCGUUGCAACCGUCCUUAUCCCCCUCACCCUUCUUUGACCUUGGCUCUUUCUGUCACUGUGUGUGUGUCUGUCUGUCGGUCUGUCUGCCUGCCUGUAUGUGUGUGUGUGUGUGUGUCUGUCUGUCUGUGGCGUUGAUUCGAGCUGAUUCCUUCUGGUUAGCAGCAGUCCCUCCCCUCUUUCCCUUCUCUUCUUUGUGCAUCAGUGUCAUGACAGUACUCGCGUGCCACUGAACGCACUAGUUCCACCACCCGUGUUCGUUUGUCUUGUCCUUGCAGCGUCAUAGACAGCAGUGUGCCGCUGCCGUGUAUUCUGUCAUCACUGGGGCUUGUGUCGACCUUGACAUGGGCAGCACGGCCUCAGUGGUUGCUUGUGUCAGCUGUCAGGUGGCGUUCGCUGUCGUUGAUGGUUGGUGUAUAAAUGGUGGAACAAUCGAGCCUCCUCGUGUACAGACAACAGCACCAGG